AUGGAAGUGGAUUUACAGAUGGAUAGAGAGGAAGAGAUGGAAGUGGAUGGAGAUGAGCCUGGAGAGGAAGAAAUGGAGGUAGAUGUUGAAGAGGAGAAGGAGGAAGAAAUGGAGGUAGAUGUGGAAGAGGACAUUGAGUACAUGGAGGUUUAUGUCAAAGAUGAGGAGGAGCCCAUGCCGCCAGGGAGCGGCCCGGGCAGCCGAGCCCAGCUCCUCUUCUCUCCCGGCUGCCGCAGGGAGCGGCCCGGGCAGCCGAGCCCAGCUCCUCUUCUCUCCCGGCUGCCGCAGGGAGCGGCCCGGGCAGCCGAGCCCAGCUCCUCUUCUCUCCCGGCUGCCGCAGGGAGCGGCCCGGGCAGCCGAGCCCAGCUCCUCUUCUCUCCCGGCUGCCGCAGGGAGCGGCCCGGGCAGCCGAGCCCAGCUCCUCUUCUCUCCCGGCUGCCGCAGGGAGCGGCCCGGGCAGCCGAGCCCAGCUCCUCUUCUCUCCCGGCUGCCGCGGGGAGCGGCCCGGGCAGCCGAGCCCAGCUCCUCUUCUCUCCCGGCUGCCGCAGGGAGCGGCCCGGGCAGCCGAGCCCAGCUCCUCUUCUCCCCGGCUGCCGGCGGGGGACACGGGGGGCUCUGGCUCCGCAGGGCUGGCCGCAGGCUGGAUCAGAUCGAGGGGUGGGUAAGAAAGCAUCCACCCGCCUCCUCUCCCGGCAGGGCUUUGAGAUCUUUGCAGCUGCCGCCCGGCAAGAACCACACGAGCACCGCAGGCCUGGGCAAGCUUCAACUCUUUCCUGCCAGCAAAUGGAACUCCCAGAGCACCAGCCCUUCCUGAGCCUCAGGAAGGAGCUGCAGUUGUUGUCCCUCCAGAGUGGGGUACAAGGGCCACAGCUGUCCCAGUUUGGGAGACAGGUGCCUUGCAGACAGGAUGACAAGGCAGCAUGAUGACACAGAUGAUUCUACCUAACUUGACAAGCCCAGCCUCUCCCAGCCAGUGAUGCAUCCCACACAGCACUGAAGAUGGAACAUUCCUGUGGAGGAGCUGUCAAACGGGAUUACCAACAAUACAGGUUUUCAACUUGGUAACGUCCAGGCUUAUUACUUGAGAGUUACAAACUUGCAUCUUACUUCUAAAAACAAGAAACCUUUAAGCCUUAGAGCAGUGGGAAAACUAAUCAACAGGGAAAACAAUCUGUUUUAAUUCGGGGUUUAACUCACAUCCAUAAAUAGAUAAAUCCUCAACUCCUCAGAUAUGAAUGUAUCAAAUCUUUGUGUCCUUAAAGAGAUAAAAUUUUUAAAUAAACUUGUCAGCCUAAAAAGUCCCAGAUCUCUAUGCAGUUUCAAUCCUUGCUCCUCGAUGUCUGCUGGGCAUCGGUGGAAGGGCGUUGCCUCUGGUCCCCAGCAGGAUGUGGGGCACGGCAGACACACCUGGCAGGGAUCCAUCAUGUUCCUGUGUCCGUACAAACACAACAUACCCAUGUCCCCAUGUCAUGAGGUCCCACGGACCUGCCCACUUAUUAGUGACAGAAUCUUUUAGCAGUACCAUAGGUUUAGGUGUCUGAGCAUCACCAGAUGCCUGCAGUGAUAGGAGAUUAUUUCAAAUUACUGUAUUCUGGGAUUGUUCUGGCACUGUUAAGUGAUUCAAGGUAUUAACAGCGUUUGCUACUCUUCUCUGUGGGGAUUCACCACACGUUCCCUCUUUCUGUUUAUCUAAAAUGUGGUUUAGAGUGCCAUGUGCACACUCUGCAAUAGCCUGUCCUGCUGGUAAACGGGGAAUACCAGUGUUGUGUGACACACACCAGAGCUGUGGGAAUUGUCUCAUUUUUGUGAUGUGCAUGCAGGUCCAUUGCCUGUUUGGAUGUUAUGGGGAAUACCCAAAGCAGCAAAGGCUCAUCGCCAAUGUGCAACGGCAUCCCGGCCUCUUUCCCUGGAGUGAACUGAUGCCCCCAUGGCCGAGGGAAAAGUAUCAACUGACACAUGCCCAUAUUUGAAAUGUCCAAACUCGGGGAUGUGUGUGAUGUUCAUCUGCCUGAUUUGUAAGCUCUUACACCACAGGGAUUAACUCCCAGCUGCAGUGGUGCAGUGUGGCCCUGGCAAUCAGCACAGGCACUGACUAUGGUAUGAGCCUCUGUGCUCAGCAACAGAAAUUGCCUUUGCAAAGCUCUGACAUCUUGGUGGAGAAAGGUGUGUGAUGCUUUUGCUUGCACAAGCAUGUUUGGUUGUGGGCUGGUGAUCUGCUCGUGCAUUGCUCUCUGUAAUAAAACCUGGGAGAUUAGGAUGGCUUCUAAUGGGAAGGAUGUAGUAAGGAUGAUUUCUUGCUUCAAGGGUAUGCAACAACGUUUUUAGUAGGCCAAUAAUUGUGCAUUGCCAAUUGCCUUUAACAGAGCUCAGUCUAACCUCUAUGUGACAUCAGCAACAUAGAAUCAGUGACAAUAUUUAAGAGAUCACUGGCAAAAUGAUGAAAACCCAUGGCUACAGCACAAAUACUAAAUAAAUUCCAACAAAAAUCGUAAAACCAUAUCACACACAAGAACACACUAACAAUUCCGCAAAUAAAAAAACAAACACACAAACAUAAACCACACAAAAUCCCCUACAAUUCAUACCCUACAUCCCCUACCCAACCUACCAAAACUACAAACCUUAAAUUUUAUAUCAAUGUUAAAACUAUAAAAAUCAUUAGUAUCAUUAAACUCUUUUAACAAAACCAAAGUAUCUGUCAUAUUAAAAAAAUAAAAA